UAUACAAGGCAGAUAUUCAGUCCUUUGGAAAACUGAUGGGAAUAUAUUUCCCUCUACAGUUGCUUGGAAUUUUCAGUAAACAGCUAUUGUUUCCUCUCGCUAGAAAAUGGAACAAGGGAAGGCUUCUGUGAAUGCAUUUAGGUGGGUUAAAGCUGUGAAAACAACUUGCUUUGGGGUGGUUUGACAGGCAUCAGCUGCUAUUGAUCCAAAUAACAGCAAGAUCUUGAGGGACAUCUCUUUGGGGAAAGCAAGCUCAGAAAGGAACAAACAGCAAAUGGACACUGGAUAUCUUGGUGUUAGGCUUGUUGCAGUGGAUUUGUUGCUGUCAAAGCUGUUUGCUAUGUAAAGUGACUGCAGUACAGAGGGGAUAAGCAAAUCCUUGCUUUGAAAGACCUCUGUGAAAAUCGCCAGCUGAGCACAGAGGUGUUUUCCUCCCUAAGGGAUAAGAGGUUAAAGUGCUGGGAUGAAGCUUGGAGGUUCUGAAUUCAUCAUCUUCUGUUUCCUACGGAGUAUCUGUGUAAAUCAUGCAACCACCCUUGCUUUUCCCUGAAACAGAGACGACUCUUCUCUCAGCAUCUGGGCUCUGGGGAUGCCCAAAUAGUGAACCCUGGAUACUGGGAACCCAUUCCCAGAAAGAAAUUGGUGCCCUGAGUGAAGGGAUAACAGGGAAAAAGAGGAAUUUCUGUCUUGUGGAGAGUGGAGGGAUUUGUUCAGUCUCUGGGAAAUGGCAAAUAAUGAUGGCAAACAAUACAAUACAAGUGAAGUGGGGAGCAUCGUGUGCUCUCUCUGUUAGAGCUUGAGGGGUUCUGCUCUAAAUGAGUACUUGGUGAAAGCAGGAUCCACUCUAAUCAUUCCCAAGUAGUGAGGAUCAGGCUCACCACCACACACAUGCUCUUCAAAAGUCUUACGCAGUGGGAGCCGCCAGCAGCCGGGGCUGGCUCUGCCCAGCCGCCGUCCGCCCUCAUCCCUCCCUCCUAUCCCUCCCUUUUCGUUAAAAACGUGGGAUCCGGGGUGCAGCCCCUGCGCCGGCAGCAUCCCUGCCUGCGAGAGCAGCGCAUCGCCCCCCAUCGCCGAGUGCCGCCGGAGCGGAGCCCCCCGCCGUUAUCCCCAUCCUUGCUCCCGGCGCUGCCUGGAUGCGGCUUUAAACGGGAGACCCCCACCCAGUGCUCCAGGUCCUUGGCACAAGCUGAUGCUUCAGGAUGGACCCGCUCUUCCCUGCCCACAUUUUGGAAGACCCUGACCUGAGAAAGCUGCUGAACGACUCCUCCAUGCUGAACCUCAGCUUUCUGCCCAGUAACUGGUUCAACAACGGCACGGGGGACAGCUUCCUGCCGCUGAGCAUCAAGAUCACCAUUGUGGUCGUCUACUCCAUUGUGUGCAUCGUAGGGCUGGUGGGCAAUUGCUCCGUCAUGUAUGUGAUCAUCAGAUUCACCAAGAUGAAGACAGCAACCAACAUUUACAUCUUUAACCUCGCGCUGGCAGAUACCUUGUGUCUGAUGACCUUACCCUUCCAGGGUACGGACACAUUCCUGGGCUUCUGGCCCUUUGGCAAUGUCCUCUGCAAGAUUGCCAUCUCUAUAGACUACUACAACAUGUUCACAAGCACCUUCACACUGACGAUGAUGAGUGUGGACCGCUAUAUUGCUAUCUGCCACCCUAUCAAAGCACUGGACAUCCGCACUCCCCACAAGGCCAAAGUGGUCAAUGUCUGCAUCUGGGCACUGGCUUCUGUGUUUGGCAUUCCAGCAAUGGUGAUGGGAUCUGCAGAGAAUGAAAACAAUGAAAUUGAUUGUCUGAUUAAGCUCCCUUCACCCGUGGAUUACUGGGAUCCAGUGUUUGGCAUCUGUGUCUUUCUCUUCUCCUUUAUGAUCCCCGUGUUGAUCAUCACCAUUUGCUACAGCCUCAUGAUCAGACGACUCAAGAACGUCCGUGUCCUUUCAGGCUCCAAGGAGAAGGACCGCAACCUGAGGCGCAUCACCCGCAUGGUCCUGGUGGUGGUGGCAGUCUUCAUCAUUUGCUGGACUCCCAUCCAGAUCUUCGUGCUGGUCCAGUGCUUGGGUGCCAAGGCAGAAAGCGAGCUCGAGCUGGCCAUCUCCUGCUUCUGCACCGCGCUGGGGUACGCCAACAGCAGCCUGAACCCUGUGCUCUACGCCUUUUUAGAUGAGAACUUCAAAGCGUGCUUCAAGAAGUUCUGCUUCCCCACCGCCUUCAGGACGGAGCUCCAGAUGUCCAACAGGAUGUGCAGCAUCGCCAAGGAUGUGGCGUACGCCUGCAAGAACUCAGAGGGGACUAACAACCCGGCCUGACUAGGCAUGGAAAUUCCCAUGGUGGCUGUCGCCCAGCAGAGUCCAACCACCCCCACGUCAGAGCUGACUCAGAUAACAGCUCUUUAGCAGGACCUCAAAAACUGAGAGGAAACAAUAUGCUGGGGGUUGGGAAAACCGGAAUCUGCAGGAGCAUGUGGAAAAAAGCCCAGUUGAUGCAUUUUUAAUUCCAGUGCUCCCUGCACUAAAGAACGUGUUUGAAAUCAGCCCUUUGAUUCCUGCGAAACCCCAGUGGUUUGCAACAUCAUUGAGCAUUCAGGAAUGAAGGGUUUAAUCCAGGCAUUGCUCCUGGGAUUUACGCUUUUGCUGCUGGGAGACAGAUUAAAAUACAAACUAUUCCAUUUUUCUCUUCCUCCCUGAGUUGUUUAAGAUGCUAACAGCUCAUGUGGCUCACCAGGCGCUUUAUUCCUGUGGCAUCGCUCCGAAAUUAGACUUUGCUGAAGCCAAAGUGGGCAGCAGCCAUCAGACAAAACCCAGGAUCAUCUCCAGGAUGAGUCAUCGCAAAGGGAAAGAUGCGGGGAGGGAGAGGAGGGAGCUGAUGGAAAGGGAAUUCAAACUGCCCUGUGGCUGAGAGCCUGGGGAGGACAACGUCAGCUCCUGCAGAUGGGCUCUGCAGUAAAACCCUCUGCCUCCAGUGCACUGGUGGUGAGAAGGGGCUGUCAAAACUGGUGAGUGUAGCUCAGAAGAGGAGGAAGACGAGACAGAUGAAAUGAACACGAAUCCUUGUUUACAUGCUGCUAUCACUUUUCUUUUUAACCCAUUGUAAUAAUGGACAGAAUAUGUCUGUAUAUACACAUCUCUAGUGCUGUAGGCACAGCUGUAUUGUAGGAUUUCAUCUUGCCAAGCAUGCCUUGGGGUUCUUCCUCAGGGAGAGGAGGAAGAAACAAAGUGGCCUAUAUAUACAUGUAUUUAUGUAUAGGGGAUGACCAUUUUGGAGACGGCAGAAGGGCAGCUCCUGCAGAAGACAUGGACAUUUCUGGUUGGAGGGACAGCCUAAACCAGUCCCAUGUGCUCCACACGAGAUAAGUGGUGCACAAACUAUACAAAAGGUGGGGGGUUAUUGGUUCUUAUUUAUUUAUUAAAAUGAGAUCCACGAUGCUGAGAGCAUGUGGGAAUGACUGCUGAGGUACCACCCUCUUGCCAACCAUAGAUUGAUUCUUUUCCUCUCCCAGUUGGCCAGAGCUUCAUGGAAAAUGAAAUGUGCCAUCAUUUCAUUUGAUAAUGGAAGCAUUCCCACUGAGUGCCCUCCGUGCUGGUGGAGACAGCAGACCUGUAUUCUCCCUGUAGCACAUCACCCCGGGAAAACCUGGGCAGUGGUGCUGCUGGGGAAGCAAAGCAAUGCUCUCCAUUUGGAGAUGGGAGGUCAACUCCAACGCGAGAACCGGCAGCAUUGUCCGGGCUGUACAGAUUUCAUGUGAAUAUAUUUAUUGUGCUCUGGUCUAUGAGAUCCUGUAUUUUUAAUGUAUUGGUUUGCCAAUAUUUUAAUGCUGUCAUGUUGUUUAUAUAUGCUGUAUAAAAGAAUCUGAUGUUAUAUUUCUAUGUAGAGUGUCUCCCUUAUGGUUGGGCUUAAAAUAUAGAUGCAAUUCCAGAGUCCCAUGUAUACGACCCAGAUCCCUUGUAAACUGCUGGAGCUGGGAGGAAUUUGAUGCUGAAUCUGGAGGGAUACCAGAGCAAUCUUUGCAAUUAGCACUUCCCUUGGAUAAUAUAGAGGGAGGAAGGAAAUCCAGACACUUAAAGCACUUUGCAAUGGAUGUUUAUCCAGCAGGAAAUCUCACACAACCCCCAAGCAUGCGAAGAAGAACUCCUCAAGAACUGCGCUGCUGGGCUUUGCUUGCAGUGCCAUUAGGGAGCAGGAGAGUGUCAGUGGCUGGCUAAGGAGCAGCCACCCUCCCUUUGUGGUUCUUGGGUUUUUAAAUAGAUUUAUGUUCUCUGGAAAAAGAAAUAUAUAUAUACCAGUGUUUGGCAUUUUUUUUUUAAUCCAGAUUUUGUUAUAACGACUAUGCUGCAGCGAUCUUACAUAAACAAGUACUCAAUAAAUGUGUGUUUACUAAGCUUUUGGGUAAUUCUGUGGCCCUUGCAGUGGAUGUGUUUAGGCAUUCUGUUCAAUGCUCAGUGGAGUUUGUUAUAAGAAGAGCAAGAAAAACCUGAAAGCAAAAGCUUUAUUGUACUGUGCCUCUGGAGUUAAAGGCUUGUGAUGGGCUGAAGCGCAGGCUCUUUAAUUCUCUUCUCAAAUGGUUGUGUUGGUAUGAUUUCACAGUUACCGCAGUGUAAAUGACAAUUUCCUAGGUGGCUACUUGUGUGCUUUAAUAAAGGAAAAUAAAACCUC